UUGUUGUGGAGGCCAAAAUGGCGGCUCAGGCGGCGGCAGCGGCCCAAGCGGCUGCGGCCCAGGCGGCGCAGGCUGAGGCGGCCGAGUCGUGGUAUUUGGCACUUCUGGGUUUCGCCGAGCACUUCCGCACUUCCAGUCCUCCCAAGAUCCGCCUGUGUGUGCACUGCCUGCAGGCCGUGUUUCCCUUCAAGCCGCCACAGCGCAUAGAGGCCCGCACGCACCUGCAGCUGGGCUCAGUGCUCUAUCACCACACCAAGAACAGCGAGCAGGCGCGCAGCCACCUGGAGAAGGCGUGGUUGAUAUCACAGCAAAUCCCGCAGUUUGAAGAUGUCAAAUUUGAAGCAGCAAGUCUGUUGUCCGAGUUGUACUGUCAAGAGAAUUCCGUGGAUGCAGCAAAGCCACUACUGCGGAAAGCCAUCCAGAUCUCACAGCAAACGCCGUACUGGCACUGCCGCCUGCUCUUCCAGCUUGCUCAAUUGCACACGCUUGAGAAAGACUUGGUGUCAGCCUGUGACCUCCUGGGUGUGGGGGCCGAGUAUGCCCGCGUGGUGGGAUCGGAGUACACACGGGCGCUGUUCCUGCUCAGCAAAGGGAUGCUGCUAUUGAUGGAGCGCAAGCUGCAAGAGGUGCACCCGCUGCUGACGCUGUGUGGGCAGAUCGUGGAGAACUGGCAGGGGAACCCCAUCCAGAAGGAGUCGCUGCGUGUCUUCUUCCUGGUACUGCAGGUCACCCACUAUCUGGAUGCUGGCCAGGUGAAGAGUGUGAAGCCGUGCCUGAAGCAGUUGCAGCAGUGCAUCCAGACCAUCUCCACGCUGCACGAUGACGAGAUCCUGCCCAGCAACCCCGCGGACCUCUUCCACUGGCUGCCCAAGGAACACAUGUGUGUGCUCGUCUACCUGGUGACCGUGAUGCACUCCAUGCAGGCCGGCUACCUGGAGAAGGCUCAGAAGUACACAGACAAGGCCCUCAUGCAGCUGGAAAAACUCAAGAUGCUCGACUGCAGCCCCAUCCUGUCCUCGUUCCAAGUGAUCCUGCUGGAGCACAUCAUCAUGUGCCGUCUCGUCACGGGCCACAAGGCCACCGCACUGCAGGAGAUCUCCCAGGUCUGCCAGCUGUGCCAGCAGUCCCCCCGGCUCUUCUCCAACCACGCAGCUCAGCUGCACACGCUGCUGGGCCUGUACUGCGUCUCUGUCAACUGCAUGGACAACGCGGAAGCCCAGUUUACCACAGCACUGCGGCUCACCAACCACCAGGAGCUGUGGGCCUUCAUCGUCACCAACCUUGCCAGUGUGUAUAUACGAGAAGGAAAUAGACACCAAGAGGUAUUGUACAGUUUGCUGGAGAGGAUAAACCCGGACCACAGCUUCCCUGUCAGCUCACACUGCCUGCGAGCAGCGGCUUUCUACGUGCGUGGGCUCUUCUCCUUCUUCCAGGGACGCUACAAUGAGGCCAAGAGGUUCCUGCGGGAGACUCUGAAGAUGUCUAACGCGGAAGACCUGAACCGGCUGACGGCCUGCUCCCUCGUGCUCCUGGGCCACAUCUUCUACGUGCUGGGGAACCACAGGGAGAGUAACAACAUGGUGGUGCCUGCCAUGCAGCUGGCCAGCAAGAUCCCGGACAUGUCGGUGCAGCUGUGGUCGUCCGCCCUGCUGAGAGACCUAAACAAGGCCUGCGGGAAUGCCAUGGACGCCCAUGAGGCCGCGCAGAUGCACCAGAACUUCUCACAGCAGCUGCUCCAGGACCACAUCGAGGCCUGCAGCCUCCCCGAGCACAACCUCAUCACGUGGACAGAUGGCCCGCCUCCUGUGCAGUUCCAGGCUCAGAACGGACCCAACACCAGCCUGGCCAGCCUCCUGUGAGGACUUGGAGGGGGCCGUGCGUCCCCACCUUCCCUGGACACCACCUGAGCUCUCCUGGAGGCAGGCCCUGUGGAUGGCCCCAGCUUCUCUCAGUCUUGGGGAGUGGGCGGGGCGGGGCCCACCUGGUUCUGGGACCCCUGGUGUGGAAGCCACAGGUGGGAUGUGGGCGCCAGCUCCAGUGCCAUCCUCUGAAGUGGACUUGGUGGCCUCCUGCUCCCACGUCGGUGUCUUCACCCACUAGGAGUGGGUACAGGUCUUAGCUGCCUCUGGCCUGUGCCAGCUGGCUGGUACCUUGGGGCAGCGCCAUCUGAUCGCAUUGCCCCAGCCUCGAUGCCCAGGGCCAGUGUUGGCCGUGCUCAAGGCCACCAGUGUCCAGAGCCAGAGCGAGACCCCAUUUUCUGAACCAAACUGAGAAGGAGCCAUGACCCUCACAGGACGUGACCCAAGGCCCAACAUCUCUCACCACCUGCCUUCCUCUCCAGUGCCUGCCCCUGUGACCUCGGGGCCUCAGCUCAGGUUCUCGGGGACUCUGCUUCCAAACCACUGCACCUUGACUGGAGCCACCAUCUGUGUUCUGUGCUGUGCUGUGCCAUGAGCGUGGCUGUGGCUGUGCACGUGUGGUGGAGAUUGUCAGCUGCAGCCAGCACUGAGGCCAUGUUUCCGCUGCAUUGCUGCAUAGGACAGGAAGCAGGCAAGGGGCUCCUUCCCAAAGCUGAGGCCUCUUCACCCAGCUUUGGGGCAAAGCAGACGGCCCUCGGACCUGAGCCAGACCUUCUUCCCGUGGACUGCACUCCUCUACUGAGGACACUGGGGGGGACCUCAGAAGGAAGUCCAGACCUUCACGAGCAGGACCCCAGGGAGGUGCUGCCAGGCCCAAGCGGGCACUGACUUCCUGCUCUUGGAUAGUCAGGGAGGUGCUGCAUGCUGCUGCUGGACUGGAGUGGCAUAGUGGGAGUCAGCCGCGCCCUGCAUCUUGAAGUCUGUCCCUGCCACAGAUGAGUGGCCGCAGCAGCAGGGUGGGCAGUGGGCUUGGGUCUCGUCACUCUUGCACUGUGAGCAGCUUCUCGGAGUGUGGGAUCUGACUACAACGUGCCAGGCACACUCAGAAGCAGGUCAGCAGUAGCCUCUUCCUUGCUGCGCCACGCCCAUGGCUGGAGACAGAUUGCCCAGGGCACCAGACAGGGCACGUAGGCCCUGGCCUGCUCGUCCCGACGGGGCCCCGGCCCUGCAUCCUGCUGCACGGCCUUGCAGCACCCCGCAAUCACGUGCAUCGUGCUCGCCCCGCCUAUUUAUUUCAGCCUUUCGCUUCUAGGGCAUUUUGUGUUAGAGCAGUUGAAGUGAGGACCUCGGCCUGACGUCUGUCCUGCUGCAGAAGUACAGAGUUAAGGUCAGAAAGGCACAAUUAAAAGUUCCGUACUCGGUGUCUGCUACUCCACAUUGUGUGUGUGUGUGUGUGUGUGCGUGUGCGUGCGUGUGUGUGUGUGUGUGUGUGCGUGGUGUUGAGCCUUCCCUCCGCAGCACUCCUGUCACCCGAAGCUCGAGCUGAGUUCCUUGAGUGCGGCCCACGCCUCACAGUUCUGCAUUGCAUCAUGGGGAUGGGAGGCAGGCAGCCAGCCCCCACGGGGACAGUGCACACAGUGUCCCAAAACUGAGUGGCUGGGAAACACCAAAGCUGCAGGCGGUGCUGGGGGAGCAGUAGAGCAGGGACUCCGCGGCCUGCCCGGCAGCUGCAGUGUGCGUGCUGGCUGUGACGUCUUGUCACGGGUUUGUGGUAGCUCACCGUGGCAGCAGCCCCGAAGACCAGCUGGUGCUUUUGAUCGGGCAGAACGACUGCCCAUACGGAACGUUUAACAGCACUAACCGCCACGCGUGGCUUCCUGUUGCCGGGCAGCUCUUCCUACGUGUUCCAAGUAAAGUCUGUGACGGGAGCCAUCACUUGCCGUGCCUUUGUCGCUCUGUGUCCCACCCGCGCCCUCCCUGCCUGACAGGUGGGGCCUCUUCUGUGUGGCAGCUUCAGCUCACAGGUGUGAGGAUGCAGAUCCCCCAUCCUGUCCCCGAUUUCCUGGUGGGAGCCACUCGUAGCCUGCUCCAGGACUGGAGGUGUGGCUCAAGUGGCAGAGUGCCUAUCUAGCAAGGGCCAGGGCCUGAGUUCAAACCCCAGCAUGUUCCUCUGGUUCAGUUGGCCUGGGGGGGGCGGAGGUGGGGAGGAAGUAUGGCCUGCUACACCAACUGCCACGUGCCUCUGGGGACUUGGUUUCCUUCAUGGGGUCUUUUGGGAUGGGUUUAGAACUAUUUGACAGGGCUGUCUUCGAACCACAGUCCUCCUGAUCUCUGCCUCCUGAGUAGCUAGGAUCACAGGCGUGAACCACCAGCACCUGCCUUCAUGGGGUUGUCGUCUGUUGAGUUGAAAUUCACGUAAAAUUAACCAGAUGUUUGGGUUUGUUGUUUUGAGACACGUUUCACUGUGUUACUCAGGCUGACCUUGAACUCCCGGGCUCAAGCAAUCCUCCCACCUCAGCCUCACUAGUAGCUGGGACCACAGGGGUCGCCCCCAUGCCUGCCAUUAACGGUUUCCGUGUGGACCGGUGCAGUACAGUCGGGACUCCUUACCUGCUGCCC